CUUCCUCCUCAUCCUCCUCCUUCUCCUCCCUCGAUCCCUCCCUCCUCAGUGACUCCACCGCAUUACAGUAGAAGCAUCUGCACCACAAACCUCCACCCGCUUCUCGAUCCCAAACCACCACCUCCACUCCGCCUUUCUCUCCCACAGAUCAAUCCUGCCAGUCGUUACGUUCCUACGAGUAUAAUCUCGUCCCUUUUCACCCUCACAUCCUCCCAGAGUCCACGAUCCUCGAUCGCUACCUUAGACUCCCCCGAGCGCAGAUCAUUGGAAAAUCUUCGACCGCCGGCGUUUCCUCAAAAUCCCCCACCUCGUCACAAGCCGGUAUCUUGUCGCACAUCCUUGGGCACCUGCAUUCUCAUAUUGUAACCAAGUAGACAAGCAAGACGGGAUUUUGGGAAUAGGCCAAACACGGCACUACACAGACAAACACAACAUAGCUCACCUAUCUCUAGCCACGGCGCCCCCAAUCCUCCAUAGUCGCGGUUGUCCUGCUCCUUGAGCACUUUUUUCCGACCUCGACAUCUCGAAUUGCAAGAAUUGCAACCCAUGAGUCGCUUCUCAUGACUACAAUCCUGCAGGCUCCUCUCCCAGGAGCCUCACCUUUCUCAUCCAGCCCCCUCCAAUCAGCCUCAUAUUCAGAUCUUGAGGCUGUGAACAAGUCUCUAUCCUACGGCGAGACAACAUCCAAGCAGACUCCCUCUUACUCGCCUCAUGACUUUUCCAGGAUGUUUCCAGAUUCUACACCCUCAACCGCACCGUCUUCCCCUCAGCUGACAUACACGAGUUCGUCCAGGCGGGAUUCCUACUCUUCGACGCCGGCCAGCUGCCUUUCGUUGGAGAGAGAUACUGUUGAGGACGACAUUACGGAAGAGGAUGACAUGGCAUUUCCUGCCUUUGAAAACUCCCUCAUACCGCACAAGUCCUACCAAAGCCCGGCAGAACAAGAGGACAUCACAUCACAAGUGCCCAGUCCUGCCCCUACUGACGACGACUUAUCACUGCCGACCAAGACCAAGGACGACCAUGCUGUGAAGCCUGAGCCUACAAGGCACGUGGACUAUUUGUCACACGAGUGGAAGGAAGAGGAUAUCUGGAAGUCAUGGAGCUAUGUCUCUCACCGGAGGCGGUCAUUAACGAAUGGCACCCGGCUGGAAAAUGCCUCGUGGAGGUCGUGGAUGAAGGCCAAGAAUCGCCUCAAAACAAUCUCGCCUGAGACGCUCAAUUGGCUCAAGGAUUGUGAUGUGACCUGGUUGUACGGUCCGUUACAGACCAUCCGAAGUACAUCGCCGUCCACGGAACAGACAUCCCCUCCACCCAGCCGGUUGUCACAUUCAUCCUCGUUCAUCUCCAAGAAGCCGAUUCUUAAGAAGAAGUCGGCUUCAGCUGCCAUCCUCGAAAGGUCUAGGUCGCAACAGUCUCUCCUUCAAAGGGCCAGCGACAUCAUAAGGAUUCAGCAAGCGAGUCCUGGCCAUAGUCGCCCUAUCCUUAGAAGAGGCAAUUCAGAGUUCACUUUGCCUCGGUAUCCCACUAGCUCGGUAAUUACCACCCCUGCCGAACAGGAAACGCCUGGCUUCACCGGACCUCGAUCGUCAUUUGGAUUUGGAGAUAUCCCGACUCCAUCCGAGUGCAAGCACGUUCUCUUCGACGAGGAAGUACGACAAGUACAGGCGGUCGACUCUGAAGAGGAUGACAAAUCCGAUGAAGACGAAGCAGCGAGCUUUGAAGAAGAAGAUGACGACGACGACUUUGGCUUAAUGAUGGCUCCAUCUCGAAUGUCAGGCAGUGCUAGCAAUAGGGCAACCCCUCGUGGCAGCUUCAGCAAUGACUCCAAGACAAUAGUACCGCUUCCGUCGACUACAUUGAAAUAUCGGAGUGACACCCCUGAACCCAAGGAGGGAGCCAAUGGCCAGGUUGGAUUAUGGCCCAGUGGCCGAAAGUUGUCCCCUUCGCCGUCCCAAGAGACUCUCAGACCUUCCAAGCCUUACCAAAACUUCUUAAUUGACGAUGAUCCCGAAAUUAAUGAUGAACCAUGGCAGCCUCAGUCAUCUUUAGGGGGAGACAGGUCCCCCUACGAUGACGAUGAUGACGAGAAUAACGACCAUCCACAUAUGAGACGAACGGAGUCUGGCAUGUUUAUGCCCUAUGAUGAGAAUGACGAAGAGGCGGUGAUGAACAAUACGCUCUUCGGACAGGCAAUGUACGCGGUGAAUACGUUCAGAGAUAUUGCGCAUGUGGUCUGGAAUGUGGGAUGGAAUCGGCGCUGAAUAUAACGACCAGCCAGGUGGAAUGUUUAUUUUGCUGUUUGGGCACGAUACAUAGCGUGGGCGCUUUUUUGGAGGUUUACUGCAUGUUUUUCAAGUGAGGGCUCAUUACGCGUCACUUCUAUUCAAAGAUGUCCUGCAACAUGGCAAUGCAGCCUCAUGAAUCUGGGCGGGAAAAAGUCACAUAUCCUAUGGGUUUUGUCGGUACUCGGAAUGGUAGACACCUGACUUGUGGGAGGGCAUCAGCUGUAUAUAUGAUGGAAGGGUUAGGGACAGGUUGCUUGAGGGGUGGAUGAUCUGACAACAUUCCCAGCAGAUAUAGACGGCGUCCAUAUAGAAGCGCAGGGAGUCACUUUUUCAAGGUUGAUUGAAGUUUAUCGGUUGUGGUGGUUAAGGCCUAGGAUGAGUGGUAUGCUCUACGGAGGACGUCUACAUGUUCCCCACCGAUUUAUUCCGUACUGGCAAUUAUACAUAUUGAUCAACCACCAGGUUAAAAAGAAAAAGAAGGCUCGUCGACCCUCUGUAAAAGGUUACGU